AUGGCGGAAGACGUAACUAAAACUUAUAAUUAUCCAAAAAAAAAUUCAAAAAUUAUUGUUAAUGUUGAGGAUGUAUUGCCGGAUAUUUUAGUUGUGUCUUUUGCGUUUGAUAGUAAAUUAUUUCAAGGAGUUUUGCUUGAUUCUACGAAAAAACUAUUACCAUGUGGUAUUAUUCCCCCUUCACAUAUCAUGCCUCCUUUAGGAACAGGAACACAGUUGGAAGAUACGGAAGACAAGUUAUUCAGUGCAAGCCAAAGGUUUACUUAUUUUCAAGACAAGCCCAAUCCGGGGAAUGGAAGGUUUGCAUUAAAAAGAAAUAUUCGUCCUCCAGCAAGAUUCAAAAAUGCAAGAAUGACAGUUCGAUUACGUCCACGCCAGGUUUUAUGUUCCAAAUGUCGAGGUAUUUGCAACGAGAAUUCCGAAAACGUAGACUUUUCAACAAGAAAAAAAAAAGGUGCAGAUCCUUUAGUUUCUGAUGCACCUCCAUCAAAACUGCCACGUGGAGAUCGAAGACUGCGUUCAGCCGGGGAAAUAUCCCCAAGACCUAUUUUUCCUGAUAAUUAUAGGGAACAACCAAAAAAAAAUAAUCAUUCCGAUUAUUCCGGGGGUAAAAAUAAAAAGCUUACUCCUUCCCUUAUUCCUACACUUUCAAGACUUCAACCCAGCGAAAUCACUAAAGCAAUGAAUGGUAAAGUUAAAAUAAAAAUUGUCGGAAAUUAUUGGUUGAAAAAUGAUACUACUGAAAAUGAAAAAAAAAACGAUAAUUUAAUGCUUUUCGGAGACUCUAAACCCAAUGUUACAGAAGAACAAGAUCCUCUUUUAAUACCAGUUACCGAAUCAAAUAAAGAUAAAACAAUUAGCAAACCAAAAUUUAUAGCUACCGAAUAUUCUUUAAACAUUACGCCAGUUAAUAAUAAUUUUAUUGAUAAAGAAAGUGAGCCUAUUAUUCCAGUGGAAUUAGUGAAAACAGUAGAAACCGUGAAUGUGGAAGGAAGUGAAGAACAAGAUCCACUAUGUACAGAAGAUCCCCUGGCCAUACUUACUAAAGAUGGUGAAACAGAUGCCAAAGCAGCAGCAGCAGCAGCCAAUGCCAAAAGAGUACUGCGUAAAAAAAGAAGUGUUGGAUCGAUGGAAGAUUUAUGGGAUGAAACCAUUUUCGAGGAUAAAUUUUCCGACAAUGGAAAAAAUGGGAGCAACGUUAAAUCCAGAACGACUCCAAUAAUAAAAAUUUCAUUCGGAUCUGGAACUGGAGAGGGAACCGUACUUAAAAUUCCAGCCAAAGUUCAAAAUUACAUUCCAGUUGAAAACGCAGAGGAAGAUAAAGAUAAGGAGAAAACAAAGAGGGACGCAAGUGCAAAAGCAGCCAAAAAAGCUUUAAAAAAAGCGAAGAAAGAAGCUAGAAGAAAAGUAUUGGGAGGAACGUCGCCCGCGAGAUCCAUAGGCGGAGCCUCUCCCAGGUAUCCUAAUUUAUCACCGAGGUACGCAAUCAGUUGUUCUUCUCCAAGGUAUGGAUUGGGUGGCAACGGAUCCCCGAGGCAUACAUUAGUAGGAAAUUCGUCUCCGGCGUAUGAGGUUUUACCCACUCGAAGACACAAACACAAGGUUAAACAUAAAAAGCGUCACAAAGAAGAGAAAAAACACAAAGAUUCGGAUGCUGUAAUAGUCGGGAAUAAUAUAAUUAACGUAAGGGAUGGGGAUAAUAUAAGAGAACAAUGUUUAAAACAAAAACUUUCAAUUAGUUUAAAAAGACUGAACGCUAAUGCUUACAUGAGAUGUGAUUCAUCAUCAAGUGGUUCAAAGAGUCCAAGCAAUUCUGAUGCAUCGGACGAUCCUUCGGACACGGUUCCUGAUUUUCCUGGUAAUUCUCUAGUUAUGAGAAUUCCCACGCAAACCAUAACCUCUUGUCAGACGAGCGAUGGACGAUUAAUGGCUGUCGGUGACGUGGUUUGGGGAAAAAUCCAUGGAUUUCCAUGGUGGCCUGGAAAGGUAUUAAGCAUCACAAAGUCAUUGAAAGAUGAUGAAGCUUACGCGUCACCCCAGGCUCACGUUGCUUGGUAUGGAUCAUCGACGUCCUCACUUAUGUCUUGCGAUCAACUUAAUCCGUUUUUAGAAACUUUUCAGAUGAGAUACAAUAAAAAAAAAAGAGGACCAUAUAAGGAAGCCAUUAAGCAAGCAACAUCAGAAGCUAAAAGAGGUGAAGGUUUUAUUUCAACGGAUUUAUAUUCAUCGCCGAAAAAAAAAAAUGACCUCCUGAUCAGGAGGUUUUAA